CGCGGCGCCGGCGCUGUGGGGGCGGCGCGCGCGGGGCCGGGACGCGGCGGCCGACGGGGAUACCAAGCCCGCCUUUACCGAUGAAGCAGUUCAGAAUCUGCUCUACAAAAUGACAGGGCUGAACUUGCAGAAGGUCUUCAGACCGGUUAAAACGGAGCUGAAACCGCCCAAGUACAAGCUAAUGACAGAAGCUCAGCUAGAGGAGGCCACAAGAAAAGCUAUUGAGGAAGCUAAAGAAAAACUAAGAAUGCCUCCUGUUUUGAAUGAACGAGAGCCAAUUGAUGAUGUAUUGGCAGAAGACAAAAUCCUUGAAGGAACUGAAACUUCAAAAUAUGUGUUUACUGAUUUAACUUACUCCAUUCCACAUCGUGAGCGUUUCAUUGUAGUUAGAGAACCAAGUGGUGUAUUACGCAAAGCAUCCUGGGAAGAACGAGACAGAAUGAUACAGAUAUUCUUCCCAAAAGAAGGGCGCAGAGUCAUUCCCCCGGUCAUAUUCAAGGAUGAACACCUUGUGACUGUGUUUCAGCAAGACCGUCAUGAGGAUAUCCUUAACAUGUGCAUUGCACAGUUUGAGCCAGAUUCACCUGACUAUAUCAGAGUUCAUCAUCGGACAUAUGAUGACAUUGAGAAACAUGCUAAAUAUGAUCUGCUCCGUUCAACAAGACACUUUGGAGGAAUGGUGUGGUAUCUAGUAAACAGAAAGAAAACGGAUGGCUUACUAAUAGAUAUGCUCCACAGAGACUUGCUGGAAGAUGCUACAAGUUUAAUCACACUGUAUCAUAUGCUUCAUCCCGAAUGUCAAUCAGCAAAAGAAGCUAAAGGAGGAAAACUUCAGGGAGUGGACCUGAUCAAGGUAUUUGUGAAAACUGAAUCACAGAAAGAAGGCUAUAUACAACUGGCCCUUCAGGCUUAUCAAGAAGCAAUGGCUACUUCUACAGCUUCGUGAAAUAUAUUUUUAAGUCUUACACCUGUUUGUAAGCAUUCUCUGUACAGGAUUCUAAAACAAGAACUUGACAGUUGAGUGUUCUGGAAAAAAUUGUACAAGAAUAAAAAAAUAACUUUUAUUUUUUAAAAUACUGUA